UUGUAUACAAUGUUGAUAAUUUAGAGGCCUUAGAAAUUUGCUCAUCAAACAUGAUACAGUAGGCUUUAUAGGGUUAAAGCAGCUGCUGAGGGUCAGACUUCAAAACAGGACGGCAGUAUUUCCAUUUUCCACACACAUUGUAGUGGACAGAGACGAAGAAAAGAAAAAGGUCAAAGAAAGACAAGGGAAAAGAGAGGGAGUGAGCAUGAGGAGGGAUUAAAUGUGUGUGAGGAUGGGGGUGGUGGAGGAGCAAGGGGCCAUAGACAAAGUGAGAGAGGGAGGAGGGUAGCAGGAGAAGGGGGCGGUGCUGUGGCGGCAAACAGCAGGGAAAGAGAGAAGAGAACAGGACAGAGAGGAAGGGGGUUUCUGCCAGAGAAAAGAGAGGAAACUUUGGCAUGAGGAGGAGGUGCAGAAAGAAUGAGUGUGUGAGAGAGAAGGAAAGAGAAGGAGUGUGUGUAAGACUGAGAGAGAAGUACAGUGAGCAGACUGGGAUUGUACCUCCAGGACAGACUGGGGAGACGCGAGGAGGCAGCCAUGCAGAGCACUAUGGAGUGUGUGUCCUGGGCGUGUGUUCUCCAUGGCUCUAGUUCAGGCACUGCCUGUGCCCACUGAUCACCCGAAGCCUAGCGCUGACAUCCAGCAGUGCUGCUCAGUGUCUCACUCCCACACUGUAGCUGCGGCAGGCACCAUGGGCUCCGUCAGCAGCCUUAUCUCUGGACGUACCUACCAGGAGCGUCACUGCCGAGCUGCCAGCGACUUUGGCGCCAAGUAUCGCAAACCCACACCAGCUACGAGCUGUUUCCGACAGCAAGAGGGCACGCUGCGCAGUGCCAGCUCACAGGAGCAGCUUCUCACCAGACAGCCUCCUCUACCUGCUAAGAACAAGUCCUCUGCCCUCAUCUCUGCUGGCAAUGGUAACUAUGGCUAUUUGAGUGAUGAGCCAGUGGGCGACUGGAAUGAUAAUCAUGUGACCCCGUGCAGCCCGUCCAGUGAUACCGAAGAGCCUCCUGAUAACAGAGGCAUGAAUGGUAACAUUGGUGGCCCUCCUCCCAAACUCAUCCCAGUGUCAGGGAAGCUGGAAAAGAGUAUGGAGAAGAUACUGAUCCGUCCCACUGCCUUUAAGCCGGUUGUGCCCAAGAAUCGGAACUCUGUGCAGUACCUGUCUCCACGGUCAGGGGGCAGUCUGACUGAAAGCCAGGGCAGCCUCAACCUCUUACUUCCUGGCACUGGAGCAUUGUUGGGUUGUCAGGAGAAGCGUAACUCUUACAGUGGGGGGCGCCACGCACGGAAUAGCCAAUCCUGCACUAUGUCGGACUCAGGCCGCAACUCACUCUCCAGUCUACCAACCUACAGCAGCACAGGGUACAGCCUGGCACAGAGCGAGGUUCCCACCGGGCACAUAGAAACCACACGCUCCAGUGGUGGCCAUGGACACUCUAACUCUGACAGUGGUCGGUCAUCAUCCAGUAAGAGCACAGGGUCUUUAACUGGCCGUGGGCAGCCCCUCUCAGACAGUGGAUCGUGUGGCCGCUCCCCAGCUCCAGGAGAAGGGUAUGAGGGCGUCAUUCGGGAACUUGAGGAGAAGCUGAGGGAAAGAGACCUGGAGCUGCAGCAACUCCGGGACAACCUGGAUGAGAAUGAGGCAGCCAUCUGUCAGGUGUAUGAGGAGAAACAGAAGCGGUGUGAGCAAGAGUUAGAGGACCUUCGGCAGAGCUGUGCAUCGAAAAUGAAGCAGGUGCAGCUGAAGGCACAACGGGCACAACAGGUCCUGCAGUUGCAGGUGUUCCAGCUGCAGCAAGAGAAGAAGAAAUUGCAGGAGGACUUCUCCCAACUGCUGCAGGAACGGGAGGCAUUGGAGAAGAGAUGUGCCUCUUUUGAGAAGGAGCAGACUCAACUAGGUCCUCGUCUAGAAGAGACAAAGUGGGAGGUCUGUCAGAAGUCUGGUGAGAUCUCUCUGCUGAAGCAGCAACUGAAGGAUGUACAGGCUGAUCUUGGUCAGAAAGCCAGCGAGAUUGUUGCUUUGAAGGCCCAGAUGAGAGAGGCUCGUUGCGAGCUUCAAGCUAGCCAGGCUCACUCGCAGGAAGCCCACGCCACAGCCCGCACCCGUACACUCGAACUUGAGGUUUGCGAGAAUGAGCUGCAGCGUCGUAAAAGCGAAGCGGAGCUCCUGCGGGAGAAGGUGGGCCGUUUGGAGGAAGAGUCUAUCCGUCUUAAAGAGACCCUGGCAGUGCCCCCGUUCCAAACUCUACCUUCUAAGGGCCAAUGCAUGAGCUUGCCCCUGCCCCAAAGCCGUGGGGGAGUCACUCACGGGAUCAGUCCUGCUUUCCGGGACAACAUCAGUGAAGAGCAGUUUCUAGCAUAUGAAAGCGAUGAAGCGAAGGUGCAGCGUCAGAGCGUGGAUGUGCUUCAUGGUCUCCGUCAGCAGGUGGACCGAAUGCGGGCUGAGCUGAUGUAUGAGAGGAGGCGGAGUGAGGACCAGCUGGAGGCCUUUGAGGAUGAACGCAGGGUAUGGCAGGAGGAGAAAGACAAGGUGAUUCGUUACCAGAAGCAGCUGCAGCAGAACUACAUCCAGAUGUACCGCAGAAACCGAGACCUAGAGCGUGUGAUGAGGGAACUUAGUCUUGAGCUGGAGAACAGGGACAUGGAGGAGUUUGACAUGCGUAGCAAUGAGAUCCAUUUUGAGGAGAUCACUGCCACUGAAAUCUAAGCCACAUCUCACUCUGCCAUCCCAAAAUUAAUUUCCACUGAGGUUGUGUGAGGAGUACUGGCCUUCACUGCAGUGUUUUUGACAUGCUUCUCCACACUAUUUCAGAAAGUCUUAUGUUCAAGGCAAGUUAUUGUUGUGAUGUCCGCAGAGGCCAAUAAAAUAUGUAACAUUUGUAUUUAGACAUCUUUAUGAUCACUUCCUGCCUCGGACACCUGUGAGGAAACCUGUGAGAUGAAUGUACAAUGACUGUGAACAGCAGCAGUUAAUUGAUGCCACUGGUGAAGGGAAGGUGUCCUCAAAGGUGGUGCUUUGUUCCUGGCAAACCCCUAUAGUACAACUAGGGCUAUAACUUAGCUUAAUUCUGAAAAAAUAUUACAUUUAAUCCCCCGUUGAUCUGAAAUGUGGAUUCUUUAAGAAGUUUUUCACACAGGAAGUUCACAAAAGACAUGUUUUUCCAUUCAAAAGCAUCUAUGCAGUAGUGCAGAAGUAUAAAUUGUUGACAUAAACAGCACGAUGCGACGACGGCCAAAGACAUUUGUAGCAUAGAGUGAAUGCUAGAAUGUGUCCUUUGUGAACAAGAUUGGGAAAUUGGGCAGAUUGACAAACCCAAUUUCUAAAUGGGUUGAUGUGAACUGAAGACCAAUGAUGGGCUUAUGUUCAAUGAUAACGAAAUAAAAUAUAUGACACUUACAAAUGUCCAUUCAAUAUUUUACUCGCCUCUUAA